AGGGCGGGCCCGCGGAAGCCGCGCAGGCGCACGGCAGCCGCUGCAAUGGCGCUGCCGGGCUCCUUGAAUAGGUAUCUGCUGCUCAUGGCACAGGAGCACCUGGAGUUCCGCCUGCCGGAAAUAAAGUCUUUACUAUCACUGUUUGGAGGCCAGUUCACUAACAGUCAGGAGACUUAUGGAAAGUCUCCUUUUUGGAUUCUUAGCAUUCCCUCUGAAGACAUUGCAAGAAACUUAAUGAAACGGACAGUGUGUGCCAAGUCUAUAUUUGAACUAUGGGGUCAUGGAAAAUCUCCUGAGGAGCUGUAUACUUCUCUUAAAAAUUACCCUGUGGAGAAGAUGGUUCCAUUUCUACAUUCAGAGUCUACAUAUAAAAUAAAGAUCCACACGUUUAAUAAAACAUUGACUCAAGAAGAAAAAGUCAAACGAAUAGAUGCCCUUGAAUUUCUGCCAUUUGAAGGAAAAGUGAACUUAAAGAAACCACAGCAUGUAUUCUCCGUUUUGGAAGACUAUGGUUUGGACCCAAACUGCAUCCCUGAGAGACCACACAAUAUUUAUUUUGGUAGAUGGAUUGCAGAUGGACAGAGAGAGCUAAUUGAGUCAUAUAGUGUCAAAAAGAGACAUUUUAUUGGAAAUACAAGUAUGGAUGCUGGCUUAUCAUUCAUCAUGGCCAACCACGCAAAAGUGAAAGAAAACGAUGUUGUCUUUGACCCAUUUGUUGGAACAGGUGGCCUCCUGAUAGCAUCUGCUCACUUCGGUGCAUAUGUGUGUGGGACAGACAUAGAUUACAACACGGUUCACGGCUUGGGAAAAGCUAGUAGAAAAAACCAGAAAUGGCGAGGACCAGAUGAAAACAUCAGGGCAAAUCUUCGUCAGUAUGGCUUAGAGAAGUUUUACCUUGAUGUCUUGGUUUCAGAUGCCUCUAAGCCUUCUUGGAGGAAGGGAACGUAUUUUGAUGUAAUCAUCACAGAUCCUCCAUAUGGCAUCAGAGAAUCUACAAGAAGGUCAGGUUCACAGAAGCAAAUACCAAAGGGAAUAGAAAAAUGUCCAGAAAGCCACGUUCCUGUCUCCUUGAGUUAUCACCUGAGUGACAUGUUUUUUGACCUAUUAAACUUUGCAGCUGAGACCCUCAUACUAGGUGGACGACUAGUCUAUUGGUUACCUGUAUAUACACCAGAGUACACUGAAGAGAUGGUGCCCUGGCACCCUUGCCUGAAGCUUAUUAGCAACUGUGAGCAGAAGCUUUCCAGUCACACGGCAAGGCGCCUGAUCACAAUGGAAAAGGUGAAAGACUUUGAGAACCGGGACCAGUAUUCACACCUGCUGAGUGACCAUUUUCUGCCAUACCAAGGUCAUAAUUCCUUUCGUGAGAAAUAUUUUAGUGGUGUAACAAAAAGAAUUGCCAAGGAAGAAAAAUCUAGCCAAGAGUGAAAAUAUGAUGUUGACAAUCAAGAAAGAAUAAGCAUUUUAUAGAAGAGACUUUUGGAAAUGAAUUUGUGUGUAUGAUCUAGAAAAUCCUGUGCUGUUUUAUAUAAAUAACUGCUAUGAAUCAAAACUGAAUAAUUUCAGAAUGAUCUUUGUUUUAGAGACUAUUUUGAUGGGCCUUUUGGACCUUGUUAAGUUUCAGGGACUGAUAUAUAUAUAGAUGAACUCGGUGUUUAUAUUUUUUACAAAGAAAAUAUUGUUAACUUUUUAGCCAUAUCUGCCAGAUAUAUAGUAGGCAAUUAAUAGUGCUUUAGAAUAUUUUCAUUUUGUAAAUUUGCUUGGUUUGGUUUUUAGUUGUAACUGUUUUUCUUUGCUACCAAUAAACUUUACUGAGAAUUUCUAAAAA